AUGGAUCCAGACAAACAAGAUGCUCUAAAUAGCAUUGAGAAUUCUAUUUAUAAAACAGCCUUCAAAUUACGAUCAGUGCAAACUCUGUGCCAAUUGGACUUGAUUGACAGCUCCCUGAUUCAGCAGGUACUAUGUCAAAGUUUCUGGGAAGCAAGAGAGAGCUCUCUCUCUGAGCAGCAGCUUUCUCAGGCCCUCCAGAAGCUGUUUGAGAGAGUCAGAGUGGAAAAACCAGGACUGGCGCAUACCAGAGCUUCAGAACUCACUCUGAAUCUUCUAAGAACGAUGUAUGACAGCACAGGAACUGGUUUUCUCCGGCUGGCGCCUGCAGCUACAGCCCUGAUUGCCCUCUCCAGGGACAGCCCUCUUACCAAGUACAGAGCUCUUUUUCAGCUCUAUGCAGAAAAAAGCAGGGAAGGUUCUGAUUCUGGAGCACACAUGACUCGAAGAGUUUUGAGGAACCUACUCACAGAUUUACAGCAGAUCCCGACUGUUGUGGGAGAGAGCCGUGCUCCCUGCUCUGUGGAAAGUGCUAUCCGCAGCUGUUUCCAAGGAGUAUUGAGCCCCACCAUCAAAGAAGAGAAAUUUCUGUCUUGGUUACAGUCAGAGCCUCCCAUCCUCCUGUGGCUCCCAACCUGCCACUGAUUAUCAGCCACUGAAAUGGUCACUCACCCUGUCCGGUGCAGCAUCUGCAGGAACUUCCCGAUUGUGGGACUGAGAUACCGCUGUCUGAAGUGUCUCAAUUUUGACAUCUGCCAGGUGUGUUUCUUAUCUGGUCUUCACAGCAAGUCCCAUCAGAAGUCUCAUCCUGUGAUUGAGCACUGUGUCCAGAUGUCAGCAAAGGAGUAUACAAAACUCCUCUUCAGAACCCUCAGAAACAACCUGCUCCAGGGGCACUGCAGGAGGAAGGAAGCUGCGAGAAGGCAGUGGCUGCUGGAGCAGGCGAAUCCGAAGCACACAGCUCACCAAGCACAGGCCAGGCUCUUUAGAAAACAGUUAAACCGAUGCAAAGACAAGAUGCAAGCAAUCUAUGCUUCCCAGGAAGAAAAAAGUUGCAUAUUUGAAACAAAGAUUCAUGAACUUACAACCAACCAGAAUCACCUGUGGACCAAGCUACAGCAGAUAGGACAGGGUGUACAGGCAAUGUUGCAGCCACUCCAUCCUUCAUCUUCCUCCUGCCAAACUAUGGUUUCCAGGAGUGAACAUUCUGCAGCUGAAAGGUUUUAGAGGGGAGAAGAUCCUUCCCAGUUCAAAAAUGCCACUGAGAAGGGUUUGAAAUCAGAACAUCUUCCUAACCCCACUGUGGUUGACAGAAGUCACCGACUUCAAGCAAACGCAGAACAUAGUUCACCAAAUUCCGAGUCACCAGAGGCCAGUUUGCAGCCAAAGUCAGUGCAAAAUACCAAGGCACAAAGCCAAGCACAAAAGAUGUCAAAGGAAAUCCUUAGCUCCCUACCCAGUUCUCAGUUGGGAUUGUGGCAGGACCACCUCCAAAUUGUUCCUGCGAAAAUGAGCAGUCCCGCUCUGGCUCCUGCUGAAAAGAAAGAGAUAGUUGACAUUGAAGAGAAAAAGAAUGAGCAAGACGAAGAGGAACUGCAGCAGCUGCUAUCAAAACUUAUGGAUGCCUUCACUCUUGAAAUGCCACCAGGUCCAGAGUCGUCAGUGACCAUGGACCUGUACUGGGGUCCCGAGCGGGUGUGCAAGGCCUUCUCUGCCCUUAUUGAUGAAGUCACCUUGCCCAACUUGAAGUGA